CGCCAGCGCAGAGCCCCCAGGAGCCCGAGCGCGGCCCAGGGGCGCCACCGGCCCCUCCCCGGCGCGCUGACAGCAGGCCCGGCCCCCGCCCCGUGCCCUCGCCGGCGGGGCACACCCCCAACCCUCCUCUGCGCCGCCAGUUCCCGCCGGCCCCACCGGGCGGCAGAGAGAUCGAGCAGGCGAGCGGAGCAGCAAGCGCGGCGGCGCGGGAGGGAAGGGGCGCGCGGCAGGCCCACGGGAGCCGCCUGGGGCGCACGGAGCCCUCGUGCCCUCCAGGACAGUUGCAUGCCAGGGAGCCGCAGUUGUGGGCGCCGGGAGCCGGGGCGGCGAACAGCGCGUGGGCCAGGGGUGGCGCGGAGCCGCGGGGACCCGGGCAACCAGAAAAGAAGCUGGAACCCGGCAGGGAUGAGAAGGUGACGCCGCCGGGGGGCGCCACUCGCUUUGUGGGGAAGAUGCUCGCCUACUGCGUGCAAGAUGCCACCGUGGUGGACGUGGAGAAGCGGAGGAGCCCCUCCAAGCACUAUGUAUAUAUUAUCAACGUGACCUGGUCUGACUCCACCUCCCAGACUAUCUACCGGAGGUACAGCAAGUUCUUUGACCUGCAGAUGCAGCUUCUGGAUAAAUUUCCUAUUGAAGGCGGCCAGAAGGAUCCCAAGCAGAGGAUCAUCCCCUUCCUCCCAGGCAAGAUCCUCUUCCGGAGAAGCCACAUCCGGGACGUGGCGGUGAAGAGGCUGAAGCCCAUCGAUGAAUACUGCAGGGCACUCGUCCGCCUGCCUCCCCACAUCUCACAGUGCGAUGAAGUCUUUCGGUUCUUUGAGGCACGGCCUGAGGAUGUCAACCCCCCCAAAGAAGAUUAUGGCAGUUCCAAAAGGAAAUCAGUGUGGCUAACCAGCUGGACUGAGUCUCCCAAGAAGGACGUGACAGGUGCCGACACCAACGCCGAGCCCAUGAUCCUGGAACAGUACGUGGUGGUGUCCAACUAUAAGAAACAAGAGAACUCGGAGCUGAGUCUCCAGGCCGGGGAGGUGGUAGAUGUCAUCGAGAAGAACGAAAGUGGCUGGUGGUUUGUGAGCACGUCUGAAGAGCAGGGUUGGGUCCCUGCCACCUACUUGGAGGCCCAGAAUGGCACACGAGAUGACUUAGACAUCAACACCUCCAAGACUGGAGAAGUGUCCAAGAGACGUAAAGCCCACCUGCGGCGCCUGGAUCGCCGGUGGACCCUGGGCGGGAUGGUCAACAGGCAGCACAGCCGAGAAGAGAAGUAUGUCACCGUGCAGCCCUACACUAGCCAAAGCAAGGACGAGAUUGGCUUCGAGAAGGGCGUCACCGUGGAGGUGAUUCGGAAGAACUUGGAAGGCUGGUGGUACAUCAGAUAUCUAGGCAAAGAGGGCUGGGCGCCAGCAUCCUAUCUGAAGAAGGCCAAGGAUGAGCUGCCAAGCCGGAAGAAGAACCUGGCGGGUCCCGUGGAGAUCAUCGGAAACAUCAUGGAGAUCAGCAACCUGCUCAACAAGAAGGCAUCUGGGGACAAGGAAGUUCCAGCUGACGGCGAGGGACCGGAAGCCCCCAUCACCAAGAAGGAAAUCAGCCUGCCCAUCCUUUGCAACGCCUCUAACGGCAGCACCUUGGGCGUCCCCGAGAGGACCACAUCGAAGCUGGCCCAGGGCUCCCCAGCCGUGGCCAGGAUCGCUCCUCAGAGGGCUCAGAUCAGCUCCCCAAACCUGAGGACAAGGCCGCCCCCGCGCAGAGAGUCCAGCCUGGGGUUCCAGCUGCCAAAGCCACCAGAGCCCCCUUCUGUUGAGGUAGAAUACUACACCAUUGCUGAAUUCCAGUCUUGCAUUUCUGACGGGAUCAGCUUUCGUGGUGGACAGAAAGCUGAGGUCAUUGAUAAAAACUCAGGUGGCUGGUGGUAUGUGCAAAUUGGGGAGAAAGAGGGCUGGGCCCCCGCCUCAUACAUCGAUAAACGCAAGAAGCCUAACCUGAGCCGCCGAACCAGUACUCUGACCCGGCCCAAGGUGCCCCCACCUGCACCCCCAAGCAAACCUAAGGAGACCGAGGAGAAUCCUGUGGGUGCCUGUGAGAGCCAGGACUCCCCGCUGAAGCUUAAGUAUGAGGAACCUGAGUAUGACAUCCCAGCCUUUGGUUCUGACUCAGAGCCUGAGCUGAGUGAAGAGCCCACGGAGGACAGAGGCUCAGGGGACAGACGUCCUGCCCAGCCCCGAAGGCCCUCACCUGCCUCCUCCCUGCAGCGGGCCCGCUUCAAGGUGGGUGAGUCUUCUGAGGAUGUGGCCCUAGAAGAAGAGACGAUCUAUGAGAAUGAGAGCUUCAGGCCCUACACAGAAGACACCCUGUCUGCCAGAGGCUCCUCUGGGGACAGUGACUCCCCUGGAAGCUCCUCACUGUCUCUUGCCAUCAAAAAUUCCCCUAAAUCAGAUUCUCCCAAAUCAUCAUCACUCCUGAAGCUCAAGGCAGAGAAGAAUGCCCAGGCAGAACUGGGGAAAAACCAGUCCAACGUCUCCUUCUCCUCCUCCAUCACCAUCAACACCACCUGUUCCUCCUCCUCUUCCUCCUCUUCCUCCUUGUCCAGGAACAGUGGUGACACGAAGCCACGCUCCGCCUCAGAUGCGGGCAUCCGUGGCACCCCCAAGGUCGGGACCAAGAAAGAUGCCGAUGUGAAGGUCGGGCUGGCCUCCUGUGCCCGAGCCAAGCCAUCAGUCCGACCAAAGCCAGUCCUGAACCGAGCCGAGUCUCAAAGCCAGGAAAAGAUGGACAUUCGCUCCUUACGGCGCCAGCUGAGGCCCACAGGCCAGCUCCGGGGGGGUCUCAAGGGCUCUAGGAGUGAGGACUCAGAGCUGCCCCCCCAGUCAGCUUCCGAGUCCAGGAGAGGCUCUGCUGAUGUGAUUCCGCUCCCAGCCACCACUCCACCAUGUGUUCCCAAGAAGGAAUGGGAAGGGCAAGGCACCGCCUACGUGACCUGCAGUGCCUAUCAGAAGGUCCAGGACUCCGAGAUCAGCUUCCCGGCGGGCGCUGAGGUGCACGUGUUAGAAAAGGCAGAAAGCGGAUGGUGGUAUGUGAGGUUUGGGGAGCUAGAAGGCUGGGCUCCCUCCCACUAUUUGGUGCCAGAGGAGAACCAGCAGUCUGAUGUCGCUGGCAAAGAACCUGACACAGUCAAGAGCACUCAGAGCGAGGGCAAGUCGGACAGUCUGGAGAAGAUCGAGAAGCGGGUGCAAGCGCUGAACACUGUGAACCAGAGCAAGAGGGUCACCCCACCCAUCCCCUCUAAGCCUCCUGGGGGGUUCGGCAAGACCUCGGGCACUGUAGCGGUGAAGAUGCGGAACGGUGUGCGGCAGGUGGCAGUCAGGCCCCAGUCCGUGUUUGUGUCUCCACCACCCAAGGACAACAACCUGUCCUGUGCCCUGCGGAGGAAUGAGUCGCUAACGGCCACUGACAGCCUCAGAGGUGUCCGCAGGAACUCCUCCUUUAGUACUGCACGGUCAGCAGCUGCUGAGGCCAAGGGCCGCUUGGCAGAGCGGGCUGCCAGCCAGGGCUCAGAAUCACCCCUCCUGCCUACCCAACGUAACGGCAUCCCCGUCUCCCCCGUGCAUCCUAAGCCUGUUGAGAAGUCUCAGUUCAUCCACAAUAACCUCAAAGAUGUGUACAUCUCUAUUGCAGACUAUGAGGGGGAUGAGGAGACGGCUGGCUUCCAAGAGGGGGUUUCCAUGGAGGUGCUGGAGAGGAACCCCAAUGGUUGGUGGUACUGCCAGAUCCUGGAUGAGGUGAAGCCCUUCAAGGGCUGGGUACCCUCCAACUACCUUGAGAAGAAGAACUAGCAGCACUGGGUCCUUCCAGACUCAUUGCUGCUCUGGCUGCCGCUGGAAAAGUGGCGGCCUGCAGACAAGGGGAAGGACAGUGGGAGGGGGAGGGGGGUGCCGACAUUGAACCCUGCAGAAUAUGUGACCCCCCCCCAGACACCCUCCAGCUGGAAGGGAGGGUGUGACGGGUGCACACACUUAGUAGGAGAAAGGGAAUAGCGGGGUUGUCCUGGGCCCGGAACCCCUGCACACACACUGGUGACUUUGCUGAUGGACCUUAUGCCGAUUUAGUACAGGCCGAAUGGGAAAGCCCAAUCGCGCCUUUGCUGCAGAUCUGGAAGAGAUGUCAUGAGGUGUGUCCAGGGUGCUGCCCCUGCUCAGCCACCUCAGUGGCUGGCUUCUCGCCUCUGGAAGCCACCCUUGUGUUAUAGAUGUGUUUAGCAUUGUGUUGGUUUCUCGUCCACCAGCCGCUGGUGGGUGUCUGGAAGACCACCAGCUCUGGGGCUUAGCCGUGUCUCCUCAGAGCUCAGUCCUUUCUGGGGCCAGGCCACAGCCUGUUUGGUAGUUACGAGUUCCCAGAUGCCAACAAGGACUGCCUGCCUUUCCUGCCUGACCUGGCCUUGCAAAGAGAGCCUGCCCUCCUCGGGGCGCAUGGAGGUCACGGUGGGAGUUGACCUAGAGAAUGGGCGGUGCCAGGCUCCUCAUAACCUAGAAUUGCUCGAGGAUUUCCGGGUAGGCGGUUCCUUGUGCAUGUUUGGGAAGGGGUUAUUGGUUUGGAGGUUAUAAAUCAGCGUUUGGUUUUGGGGUUUAUUUUAGAAGUUGUUUGGGGGCCCAAAGGGCUCAGCCUCAUAUAGGAGAAGGAGUAGGGGUGGGUGGAGUUUUCUGUUGAAUUCCAUGGAGGGAUGUUUAAUUUUGAUUUUGGUUUAACGUUUUUGCCUUUCCAUAUGCCAAGUUGUUUGUUUAGGUUUCCACUGUGUGCACAGAGCCCUAGCAUGGCACCUCACCAGGGAAUCCGAGACUGGGUAAAGCCAGGUCCUGGGCUCAGUGAAAGUGUUCAGGUCGCUGCCCAAGAGGGAAGGAGGCAUCAUCAGAAGCCAGGCUGCUGGGUGACUACUCUGCCUGCUGCACACUUUCUCCAACCUGGGCAGGGCCCACAAAAAGCCUUACUGUGGAGAAGUCACCACCAACCCUGGGCAGAAAGGACCCUGGCUGGGUCAGCCUGGAGCAGACACCCUCCACCCCCGCCACUGUGCCCCUUAGCCUGCUGGCAUUGCUACAGGUGCCCAAGAGGAUGGAAGACUUCGAAGCCAGGAACCAACCCUGUCUUCCCAAGGGGCAGUGCCCCAGGGAACAGAGAAGCAAAAGAAUGGAGUUCGCUGCUGUCCUCUGUCGCUUUGGGUUGUGAUUUAACGAUUGACAUUUCAGGGGGGACCCUCCAGAGAGAAGCCCAGUGGGCUUCUUCCAAGAACUCCCCUCAUGAUGGGAGCGGAUUCCACAUGUGCCUUUGAUUUGGGACAGAUCCUGCCUCACAGUUUCUGGCUGAGCUGCCAGCAUCUUCCUGACCAAGGGCUGCCGGUUCCGACAGACGUGGGAGGAAGAACACCCCCUCACCCCUCCUCCCAGGCAGGUCUGCCUUCAGCUCCCAACCCUAACCUCCUGGAUUCCCAAGUCCAUGUCCCUCCCAUUUGCGGAUGCAAACCGCUAGCCUCUUUUGUCAAAAGCCCGUGGUGACAUUGUUCUAUUUCCUUUUCUGUGUUCAUGAGUUUGUUUAAAAUUGAAAUUAGUUAUUUUCUUCUGCUGGACAGUAUUAAAUAGAGCGGGAUGUUGAGUUAAUCUGCUAGGUUGCAGUACUAAUGGUAGUGGUUAGUGUCUUCAUGAUAUAUUGUUUGUACUUUUUGAACAAUAAUGAUAAAGAAGUGGUUCAUUAUUUCUUAAUUAAUGCACUUUAAAUGAGGUGAGAUGGAAAGAAAACCCGGAGAGCAAAGUGCAUUACUUAAAGAUGCAGUAUAUACUCUUCUCAUUUUAAAACAGCACAUAUUUAUUAAAAGAAGAAAAAGUAAUUUAUGACUAUUUAAAAUAAAAUUUUAAAGUAGAGCGACUGUCAGGUGAAAGGACCUUCCACACAGCUGUCUGCCAGGGGGAUGGCCCACAGCCUCGCUCCUCGGAUAUCUGCAUUGAGCCAGCUCCAUGGUUAGUGCACCAGCCAGGCACAGAGCAUCUCAGCUGGACUGGACCACCGAGAUCCCCAGAGCCUGCCUUUCCCACCCUCCCUGCCCGACUCUGCACCCAGAGACCCUCUCCCAAAUCCCAGGGUCCUGAAAUCGUAGACUCUUUCAAAGCAGGACUGGAAGGGACCAUAGAGGUCAGUCCCUCCCAUCCCUUCUUGUUUCUCCAGCUCCAGGACAGGAAAUGACUUUCCCCAAAUCACCCAAUUAAUGUCAGGUUUUCCCACUGCAUUUAAUCCCCCGUUCCUCUCCUCUCCUUUUAGUUCAGAGUGUGGUCAUUGUGUUUACAUUGUAACGUCCAGCCCCAGGGAUGGCUGGGAGUUGCUCAGGCGUCUGGGAAAAGUAGGGAAUGUUGCCACCUAGUGUCAGUACAUAGACUUGGUCAACAAAUAGUGAUAGCCAAGGUCCCUCACCACCAGCCCAUUAGGGCACAGCACAAACCCUGCAAGCCCAAAGAAUACUUGAAACAAGAAGGGUGCAUGCCAGGCCUUCUCAUACAUGGCCAGGGGGUGCCAGGCCUUAUAUUCUGGAUCCUAGCCCUGCCCAGACAAGGCCUUUUCCUAGAGCUAACGAGCUGCUUUGUGAUAUCGGACAGACCAUGGCAGCAGUGGAGGAGGGAAGGGCCCAGGGCUCUGUCCCAUUAGGAGCGAAACCAGAUGGGACGAAAGG